CCGGUAAGUUAAACAGAAUUGUGUGGUAAACGAAAGUGGUAUGUGCUCCUUUUUCAUGUCAUUUGAAUUGUGUUUUUCUCCGUGUCAUCGCUAAUCAAAGAUGUCUAUGCCAAAAUUAAUAGUGUUCGACCUCGAUUACACUCUGUGGCCAUUCUGGGUUGACACCCAUGUUAAUCCACCUUUUCACAUCGAUGACAGCGGUGUGGUGCGGGAUUCAGGAUUUGCCAACGUUACCAUUUAUCAUGAUACUGAAAAGAUCCUGAGCUCACUGCAUAGUCAGGGGUUCAAGAUAGGCAUCGCAUCGCGAACCAGUGAGACAGAAGGAGCCAAUCAGCUGCUGUCACUCUAUAAACUUGACCAAUACAUUUCCUUCAAGGAGAUCUACCCCGGUUCAAAGGUCACUCAUUUUAAAAGGCUGAAAGCUGACAGUGGCGUCCAGUUUUCUGACAUGAUGUUCUUUGAUGAUGAGGAAAGGAACAUCGUGGAAGUUGGCAGGCUGGGUGUUCACUGUGUGAUGGUUCACAAUGCCAUCACCUGGAAUCUAGUCAAGAACGCACUUGAGCAGUUCAGCAAGAAGCAGUAAAGGCGUCUGGUCCUGUGGAGAUGCAGAUGCUGCAAAUAAAGAACAAACUAUUUGCUGUGCAAAAAACUGACAUGUAUUGAGGACUAGGAGUGUCAUGUUUAGUGGUUAUUUCUGUAUAAUCAACUUGACAAAGGCAAUUGGUAAAUACUUAAAAUUAUGUUUUAACAUUUAAAUAAUUUUAUUAAUUGACUCCAUUUUAAAACAUUUUGUUUGGUUUUGUUUUUUGGUAGUUUUAGAUGCAAUUUAUUUAUAUUUGUAUUUUUCAGUGAAUACAAUAAUAGUUUAUUCCUUUAUUUAAGUGACACUCCUAGUCUUCCAUAGAAAUGCACUUUUGCUUAUUUGUAUUUAAAAUACUUUUAAGUUAAACAGGACUAUACUGUACACACAGCACAAAAAGUCAACGCUUUGUUACUAAAUGUUUCUGUACAGAGACUACAAUGGAAAAAUUGUUUUAUAUUUAUAACAUUUAUAAAACACAUGUUCUCCAUUUUUUUGUUGUU